AUGGGAUGGCAAAUAUCCGACAUUCGAGAUAUUAGUCAUCUGGUGGUGAUGCACAAGAUUCAUUCGGAAUACGUUUAUAAAGCAUCGGAUCAAAGGCAAAGACGGCUAAAUAUGAAUAUGAAAGAAGUUGUUCAUAAGGAAAUAGUGAAGCUUCUAGAUGUUGGUGUCAUUAACCCCAUUCCAAUUGUGGAUGGGCUAUGCAAUCCACCGACCACUUUCCAAAGGUGCAUGACUUCCAUCUUUACCGAUAUGAUUGAGGAUAUCAUGGAAGUCUUCAUGGAUGACAUCUCAGUGUUUGGGGAGACCAACCUCGUUUUGAAUUGGGAGAAGUUCCACUUCAUGGUUGAAGAAGGAAUUGUUUUGAGCUACAACAUCUCAAAGGCCGGCAUUGAAGUUGAUAUAGCCAAAACGGAAGUGAUAGAGAAGCUUCCACCUCCAACCACCAUAAAGGGAAUUCAUGCCUUCUUAGGGCAUUGUCGGUUUUAUCGACGCUUUAUCAAAGAUAUCUCUUAUAUUGCUAAACCUUUGACUAACUUGCUUAUUAAGGAUUCAUCCUUUGAGUUUACUUAUGAAUGUAUGCUUGUGAUCUAUUACGCAAGCCGAACAAUGGCGGGACCGCAACUCAAUUACACCAUCACCGAGAAGAAAAUUUUGGCGGUGGUCUUUACUUUAGACAAGUUCUGGCAAUACUUGCUUGGCUCGAAGAUCCGGGAUAAGAAGGGUAUGAAAAAUGUGGUUGCGGAUCAUUUGUCUAGAUUGGAGAUUCCGGAGCCCAUUCCUAUUGGAUUUGAGGUUAAUGAGAGAUUCACUUAUGAGAUGCUAAUGAUGAUAUCCAAAGUUGAGACUCCUUGGGACGACAUGUUGAGAAGGUAUGUAGCCUUAAUACAAAUUUUGCCGAUCUUGAGCCAUUGUCAUGGGUCAGACUAUGCUGGGCAUUACGGAGCUUUUAGAACCGCCGCUAAAGCACUUGAAAGCGGAUUCUUUUGGACAACAUUGUUUAGAGAUGCCAAGGACUUCGUAGGCCAUUUUGAUCGAUGCCAAAGAGUUGCCAACAUAUCGAAGCGGGAUGAGAUGCCCUUGACCAUCAUCCAAGAAGUAAAGAUUUUUGAUGUGUGGGGGAUCGACUUUAUCGGACCUUUUCCUGUAUCUUUCAGAAACCAAUACAUUUUGUUGGGAGUUGACUAUGUUUCAAAAUGGGUAGAAGCAGAGGCGUUACCCACAAAUGAUACCAAGGUUGUAUUGAGACUCCUCAAGUGUUUGAUGAACCGGUUUGGGACCCCCAAGGGUGAUUAUUAG